AUGCUACCGUACGGCACACUGUGGAAGCUGGACGAGAUGCUGCACGCGGCUGCGCCGUCACUGCGUCGCACGACCGCGCUGCGCCGCCGUCAGGCACUCUUCUACUUCUUCUGGGGGAUUAUUCUUGUGUCGGUUUUCCUGGUUCCCUAUCAUUACGCCUCGCUGCGACGCCUGCGUAUCGACAGCGAGCGCGAGCUGCUCGGACUUGUGGCACCGACGGUAGAUCUCACACAACUCCACAUGCGCCAGGACCAGGCGUUGCAGCGCCUCAGGACGUGGACUACAGCGCGCUGGGUCGACAAGCGCCCCGAGAGCUGCGGAGACGACAACAUCGGUGACGCUGACGUCACUGCCGACUUUGCGCUGGCCUUCUACCUGCAUCCGUCGUCACGCACGCGCCUCGAUGGCGUCUUUGCGCACCCAUACGUCCGAGCGGUCGCGGGAGGUGGCGUUGGAGUACUAUGGCCGCGCCUCGGCGACGCUGCAGAGGCACCCGACGCGCAGCAGCGCGCGCCACGUGCUCGUACACUGAGUGAGGUGGCGGUGGAUGCUGCGAAAGACCCAUUGAAUCCGGCAAAAUGUUUGAUUGCCCUACGGCGCGAUAUCCUGCAGGAAGGUGCCAAGGGCAUCAACUAUGAAGAAAAAACGGACCUGAUUAAAGCGCUGCAGGAGACGUUUUCUCAAGAGACAGGACUUUACCGCAUCAACGUUGGUGGGCCUUCUGAUGCUGGCAAGAUGGCAGUCGAUGCCGUUGAUGGGCGAGCAGCAACGGAAAGCGUACUGGCUGCGCUCCUCUUGUGGUUGACGGGCAGACACAAGUGCAGCCAUGCGGAGGAGGAAGCGAUCAGCCGCGCCUUGGCCGCGUGUCAGGCGCCGCUCUCUCGCUCCUUGCGCAUGAGUUUUGACUCGACUGCUACACCUGGCGCCGCGCGUGCCAUGGCACCCAUCGUGACCACCGUGCAAGAGGAGGCGGCACCGCAGUAUCUGUGUCUGUGUAGCAAGCACGGGGUGCAGCCCCCAGCUGCCUUGGUGGAGCCAACCAGCGGCACAGCGACACCGCUGUUCCUCGUGGAUCCUGCUCAACUCGAGGCGAGCACGCAAACAUGCGCCGACGCCUGUCUGCGUAGCGGGUAA